AUAUCCUUGCACCUUGUGAGAGUGAGUUAUUUCGUUGGAAUGGCUGGUUCUGUUGCUUGUUAUGUAUGUGAUAGAGAAUAUUCAGCAAGGAAGCAUUUGAAUGCUCAUUUGAGAAAUGUGCAUAAAAUUCAGCCAGGUGAAGAAGGUACGAUAAAGUGCUCAAAAAGUGACUGUAGCUUUAAAUGCAAUUUCUUGGCUAAGUUGCGCCUACAUGUGGAGCAGGAGCACAUGGUUGAGAUGGUAAAAGAAAUUAGUGAAUUUCAAACGAAGGACGACUUUAUGAAGUGGAAGUCUGAGGAGGAGAGAAAAACAAAAAGUAGUUUUGUCUCUAGUUAUGGCACUAAGCGUUUAAAGGAUGGCACUGCAAAAACCACCUUUGUAUGCCACAGAAGUGGCACAUUUUCUUCGAAGUCAGGUGGCAAAAGGUUGUGUAAGUCCCAGGGCACUUGCAAGAUGGGAAACCAUUGCGUUGCUGCCAUAGAGCUUCACGAAGAAGAAAGUGGAAUCUGUAGUGUCAUUUACUACAGAACACAUUUCGGCCACGACCAGAACAUUGCUUUUCUGCAUCUCAGUGGUUCUGAUAGAGAAGCCAUCGCUGGUAAAAUUGCUGAGGGGGUCACUUUCCAGAGAAUUCUGGAUGAUGUGCGGGACUCAGUUCAUUCCAGCGGAGUGGAGAGGCUGCAUCUCCUGACUCGACAUGACCUUCAUAACAUUAAGAGAGACUUCGCCAUUGGUGAUGAUCAACAGCAUAACAUUGAUGAAGUCAGUGUUGGUAUGUGGUUGGAGAAAAUGAAAGACUGUGUUCUCCUCUAUAAGAAAGAAGGCGAGGCCAGGGAAGAUUUUGAUAGGACUGACUCGGUGAUAGUGUUAAUGACUGACUACCAGAAGCAGUUAUUACAGAGAUUUGGACAAAAUAUUGUAUGUGUAGACUCCACACAUUGUACAAAUGUUUACAAACUGUUGGUGACCACAUUGUUAGUGGUAGACGAUUUUGGUUCAGGUAUGCCUGUAGCAUUCUGUGUUUCAAAUCGGGAGACUACUUCCAUAAUGACUCAUUUCUUUAGUGCUGUGAAAGAGAGAGCUGGCAUUAUAAAAACGUCUGUAUUCAUGUCCGACGACACUAAUACUUUCCGUAGUGCAUGGUCACGAGUCAUGGGACCUGCAGAAAAUAAUCUACUGUGUGCUUGGCACAUAGACCGCAGCUGGCGGAAUAAUUUGAAGAAAGUCCAUGGCAAUGAAGAAAAGAAAGCGCUUGUGUACAAAGCUCUUCGUACAUUGCUUGAAGAAGUGGACAUAGACAAUUUUAAUGAGCUGCUGGAAUCGUUCGUCGGGCAGCUUCAAGCAGAUGAAGGUACAAGAGACUUUGGUGUAUAUUUCUCGUCAAAUUACUUAUUCCGGCCUCAGCAGUGGGCAUACUGUCACCGUCGCAAUCUGGGUAUAAAUACAAAUAUGCACCUUGAAGCAAUGCAUAGAGUUUUAAAAUAUUGUUAUUUAGAGGGAAAAACAAACAAUAGACUUGACAGACUACUUGUUGUGUUGAUGAAAUUGGUGCGUGACAAACUGUGUGCUCGAAUGGUUAAAUUGUAUAAGGGUGGCCAUUCAUAUAGAAUAAAUCUUAUUGAGGCUCGUCAUAAAGCUUCAUGUAGUAUUAAGGAGAACGACAUUACAGUCAAUACUGAUGGUACAAAGUUUCAUGUGAAAUCCCAAACACAUUGUGGUGUAACACAUACUGUGAUUUUAAAUAACAUUGAAUGUAAAUUGGAGUGCAAGUUGAAGUGCUCCAAAUGUAAUAUAUGUAUACAUGCUUUCAGUUGUUCUUGUGCGGACAGUUUAAUUCAUUUGAACAUAUGCAAGCACAUUCAUGCAGUGUCAAUGACGUAUGCAUUACAUUCAAGUGCCACAUUUACACCAAGUGAAGCAACGGUGACAGAAGAGGCUUCUGCCAUUUUGUGUUCACUGCAAACAAAUACUGAUGAUCACGAGAACACAUCUCUGGCCCGAGAACUAGUGUCCACAUAUCAAAUUUUGAUUAACCGUGUCAGUUCAGGUAAAGUGUCCACAGAAAUCCUGAAGUCACUACAGAAGGAUGCAGCUCAUUCGCUGUCACUUUUUCAAUCAGACUGCAGGGAAGCUUCACGACCCCCCAGCAACGAGAAGGUAAAAGUGCAACGGAGACAUGGUAAAUGUAACAAACAGCCAAAGGGCAAUUUGAAGAAACCAACUCUUGCUGAAAAAGAAAAUAUUGUUUCAGCACUGAGGCAGCCUGAAAGUGAAAUAUUAAAUGUUCACAGUAGAAAAUUGAUGUCUGCAGAGCUUGUGUGGCAUGAAUUUGAAGCUCCUUAUCACAUGAUCUACACAUAUUUCUCAACAUAUGUUUCAAAUGUAAGAAUUUUACUUCAAAAUGGACACUACGUUGCUAGGAUAUUGAGAGCAAUAGAAGUAAUAAUUGAUUCUGAGACACCAGAGAUUGUGUGA